GUUAAUUAUUUUAUCAAAUUUAUUGUGUAUUCCAUUGAAUAACCUUCAAAUAAAUUUUAGUUUGAACGAAUUUAUAGUUAAUUAAAAAUUGAUGGGUAAAAAAAAUAUUAAAUUAUAAAAUACCAGCAAGCGAUUGGCUAAAGUCAAACUCACGUGCUGUUUCGAGGUAAAGUUUUGUUUAUGAAAUAUUGCGAUGUGGAGUUGGUCUGUUCGUUAUCAUGAAAGGAAAUAAUUACAUGUCAGAACAUUAUUAUUUUUUAAAUUAAUGGCGAUAUUUUCGUAUUGGAUCGUUUUUAUAAGCAGUUACGUCGGUUUUUCUACAGUUGGAGCCAGAGAUUACUCAAAAUCUGUGGCCAAUGUCUUUGAUGAUUCAAAAGUAGAGAUAACAAGUAACAGUCCUGCAGUUUUAGACUCCACCAUUAGCUUUUUUGUGAAAUUGAAGGAUGAAGACCCAAAGAACUAUUAUUUGUACAGAUAUGAUUUUCACGAUGACACUACUCAGGAGACAAGGAAUGAAAUCGCUGUCAGAGACAUCAUCUGUAACUAUAAUGUGUCAUAUUCCAGUCUCUUAAACUCUGCUGGAAAUUUUACGAUGGAAGUCAGAGUAUAUGUUUUUAUGAUCAUUUUGUGGGUAGAAAUAGGUUCCAAAAGUACAACGUUUACUUUGACAACUUAUAUUAAUGGGAACUUAAAUGUUUACAACAAUAACCAAAUAGACAAAAGUGUUUAUUUUCCAACUGGAAGUCCUCUCAACUUGACAUUUACUCUUUAUGAUCCAAACCAGUUUUUUUCACAUGAUUCUAUUUACUACAAUUGGAUGGUAAAUGAUAAACUUAUAGAUGAGCAUAACAAAAGUAUCCUUUAUAACUUUAGUAAAACUGGAGAACAGACGAUCUCUGUCUUUGUAGUGGCUAAAACACCAGUUCUAGAGGAUAAUAUGCUUAGUUUCAGCGGUGAGAAAUGGGGAACAUUUAAUAAAUUGUUGACUUUAAGAGAGCCAAUUCCAAGAAUUAAUUAUACUGGCAGUUUGUGGAUUAAGCAUGGAAAUCUCUUGGAAUUAAAUAUUUUUUGUAAUGGGAGUUCUCCUUUCCGCUAUUGUAACAAUGCCUCUACAUCUCGACCCCCAAGCAACUUCACUUGUGACGCCUCCAUAAUGUACGAUGCCUGCCAGUUUACUGCCUCAUACUACUUUCCCUGCUGCAAUCAGUACUAUUAUUCUAUAUACAUAGCCAACGACGUCAGUCAGAUGCGUAAAACGUUGAUGAUUACAGUUUAUGACAUAUCUCACGACCCUGGGCUUUCAGUCACGAUUCUUCCUAUAAUUUGUGUGGUGCUAGUAGUUAUCAUGUUGGUGGCGGCUAUUGCAUACUACAAGCAGCAACAACGAAAAUAUAGAGUGGAAGUUGCAGAUUUUGACUUCACUCAGGUAGAACAAAUGGUGGAAAGAACGUUUUUCGAACGAAUUUAUGAAGAAUUUAAGAAUGCUCUCAGACCAUCCUCCUCCAGAAAUCGCGAAUACGAUGGUGUGCAAACGAAUUUCAUUUCUUUCUCCGGUAGAAAUAGGACUAGGCGUUACGGUGCCGUAUGCUGAAUUGUAUAAAUUCUAUUAUUUUUUUUUCUUGUGAAAUUUGGGCCGUAUACGCAACAGGAUAAAAAUACAGCGUGUGAUGUCGGCUCCGAGAUCGUUUUAACUCCGAUCGCCGCCACGACCGCUUCCAACCAAUAUAAUUGCGUCUGACAGAAUGUGAUAGAAUUUGUUUUCUAAUAUUAUGAACCUUCUGUCAUUUUGGUUUAUUAUUUAAGGCGAUUGUGUAAAUUAGUUCUUCGCGUUAACGAUCUGCUAUAUUUUCUUAUGUACCAUGGAUUGAUGCAGUCAUUUUGAUUUUCU